AUGUAUGCGGACAGAAAGGUUCAAGGUUUAGAGUUCGCCGUUGGUAAUCAAGUGCUAUUGAAGAUUUCACCCAUGAAGAGGUUUAUGAAAUUUGGGAAGAGAGGUACGUUGAGUCUGAGGUAUAUUGGGCCAUUUGAGAUCCUUGAUCGUAUGGGAGCUGUUGUUUAUGAUUUGGCCUUACCACCAUUCUUGGCAGGCGUUCAUCAAGUUUUCCAUGUGUGUAUGCAGAUAAAGUAUCAUGCCUAUGGUACUUAUAUUGUUCUUUGGGACUCAAUAUUGCUUGAUAAGAAUUUGACUUACGAGGAGGAGGCUAUUGCGAUUUUGGAUAGGCAAGUUCGAAAGGUGAGGUCGAAGGAGACAACUUCUGUGAAGGUGCAAUGGAAGGAUCAUCCUGUUGAGGAUGCCACUUGA